UUCUCCUCCUUUCAGUUUUCCUCUAACUCUAAGGAAUAUGGUCCUCCUCCUCCUCUGAGAACACAUUUUGGAUUUACUAUCAACCAUGUUGCGGGUAAUUGUUGAGUCUGCGUGCGGGAUCCCCAAAAAGAAACUGGGCAACCCUGACCCAAUUGUUUCUGUUGUUUUCAGAGGUGAAAAGAAGAAAACCAAACCUGUUGACAAUGAGCUAAAUCCCGUGUGGAAUGAAGGGCUGGAAUUUGAUUUAAAGGGUUUAGCGUUGGACGCGUCUUCAUUCAUCGACGUGAUUGUGAAAGACUAUGAGACUAUCGGCCAUGACAAGUUCAUAGGCUCUGCGAAAAUCUCACUGAGGGACUUGGCCGGUGGCCACUUGACAUCACUCCCGUCCAAGAAUGUGCCCCUGAGCAAUGACAAGCAGCAGCCAAUUGGGGCUACCAUUAAUUUACUCAUCGGGUACGAACCACCUGGGGAAGCUGCUGAUGGUGACGUGUCACAUGUGGAUGCAGCCUACGAGGAGGCUGACGAGGGGGAUGCAGACUUGGAUGCAGGGGAUCAUGUGGGAAGCCCAGCAGGUCCGGGUACGCCAGUCGAGCCCGGUAAAGCGAGUCACAAGCCGCUCCGCAUCGGCCGCAAGAAGCACAGAGCCCUGGCUAACAAGCCGCAGGAUUUCCAGAUUCGUAUUCGUGUCCUGGAGGGCCGACAACUGUCUGGCAACAACAUCAAGCCCGUGGUGAAGGUGAACGUUUGCGGCCAGACUCAUAGGACGCGAAUAAGAAGUGGCAAUAACCCUUUCUUUGAUGAGACAUUUUUCUACAACGUGAACAUGCUCCCUUCAGAGCUGUUGGAUGAAAGUGUCAGUCUAAGGGUUUAUGAUUCCUUCUCCCUCCGAGCUGACAGUCUCAUCGGCGAGUUCAAGCUAGAUGUUGGCUACGUCUACGAUGAACCAGGUCAUGCCAUACUGAGGAAAUGGCUGCUGUUGAGUGACCCCGACGACUCCAGCUCCGGGGCCAAAGGUUACCUGAAAGUCAGCAUUAUUGUGGUGGUGACUGGGGAAGAGCCGCCGACUGACAAGAGAGAGCUGAGCAAGGAUCAGGACGACAUCGAAAGUAAUCUUCUGGUGCCGGCAGGAGUUACGAUGCGAUGGGCCACGCUCAGCCUCAAAGUGUUCCGUGCAGAGGACAUGCCACAAAUGGAUGACGCAUUUGUUCAGACGGUCAAGCAGGUCUUUGGCGGGGAUGGAGACAGAAAGAACUUGGUGGAUCCGUAUUUGGAGGUCAGCUUUGCUGGAAAAAAGCUGUGUACCAGAAUCGUUGAGAAAAAUGCGAAUCCCGAAUGGAAUCAGACCAUCCACCUCCAAGUUAAGUUCCCGUCGAUGUGUGAACGCAUCAAGUUGACCAUGUUUGACUGGGAUCGAGUCAGCAAGGACGACGCGAUCGGAACAACAUACUUGAACCUCAGCAAGAUCUCUUCCGCUGGCGGAGAGCUUGAAGACACACAAGACGAACAAGUUGAACAUUGCAACAGCCUGUCUGAUUCGAGCCCUGCAACAAGCGAGUCUGGUUUCCUGCCAAUUUUUGGGCCUUGUUAUGUCAACUUGUAUGGCAGCCCAAGGGAGUUUACUGGACUCCCUGACCCGUAUGAGGAACUUAACCUUGGCAAGGGUGAAGGUGUCGCCUACAGGGGGAGGGUCCUUGUCGAGCUGUCCACUCUUCUUGAUGGAAAGGUGGAUAAGAACAUCGACGAUAUAUCCAGUGAUGACAUCCUGGUGGCACAGAAAUACCAGCGGAGGAGGAAGUUCUCGCUCUGUGCUGUGUUCCACAGUGCCUGCAUGCUCCAAGAACCGGGAGAGCCCAUCCAGUUCGAGGUCAGCAUGGGAAACUACGGCAACAAGCUGGACUCCACCUGCAAGCCUUUGGCGUCCACCACCCAGUACAGCUUUGCUGUAUUUGACGGCAACCACUAUUACUACCUGCCCUGGGCGGAAACGAAGCCCGUGGUAACGCUCACUUCCUCCUGGGAAGACAUCAGCCACCGUUUGGACGCCGUCAACAUUCUUCUCUCUAUUGCAGAACGACUCGAACACAACUUGUCCUCUUUGAAAAUGGCCAUCCAGUUCAAGGCGUCUGAGGACCGAGUGGUUGAAAUUUGGCUUCAACUCAUCAGUCUCUUGCUUGAGGACUUGAACAGUCUCCAGCUUCCAGAGGUGGAAGGCCAACCCCAUGUGACCGUGCUGGAUCUCCAAAUAAAAAACAUGCGUGACGCAGCACUGAAGAGCCUCCAACAGAUGGCAAAUUGCCUGAGAGAGGAGGCAACGGAUAGCAAGGCAACUGUCAGUGACAUUGAAGACUGGCUGGACAGAAUCAAACAGCUGGCAGAUGAGCCUCAGAAUAGCAUGCCCGAUGUGAUCAUCUGGAUGUUGAGGGGCGAGAAGCGCGUUGCUUUCGCCCGCAUCCCGGCUCACCGCAUUCUCUACUCCAACUUCAGCGAGCAGGCCUGUGGAAAACACUGCGGACGCACGCAGACUAUUUUCAUGCAGUACCCCAUGGAUAAAAAUAAAGGCGUCAAGAUUCCUGUUCAGCUGCGCGUCAACAUGUGGCUUGGUCUCUCCGCAUGGGAGAAGAAGUUCAACAUCUUCUCUGAGGGAAACUUCAGUGUAUAUGCAGAAAUGUAUGAAAACCAGGCCCAGUUGUUUGGGAAGUGGGGACCCAAUGGUCUGGUGGGUCGCCACAAGUCUUCGGACGUGACUGGAAAAGUGAAACUCAAAAAAGAGCGCUUCCUGCCACCACGCGGCUGGGAGUGGGAGGACGACUGGUUCGUCGACCCUGAGCGCUGCCUGUUGACAGAAGCCGACGCGGGCCACACAGAGUUCACGGACGAGGUUUUUCAGAACGAAACACGUUUCCCCGGUGGGGAGUGGAAACCUGCUGCGGAGCCCUACACCGAUGUGAAUGGUGAAAAGGCUCAGAGCCCCUCAGAGUUUGAGUGUCCCAUUGGAUGGACUUGGGAGGACGACUGGAGUUUUGACAGCAACAGAGCUGUAGAUGAAAAAGGCUGGGAGUACGGCGUGACCAUUCCACCUGAUGACAAACCCAAAACCUGGGUGGCAGCGGAAAAAAUGUACCACAUCCAUCGUAGGAAGAGGCUCGUCAGACCCAGACGGAAGACAUCUGAUAAAAUUGUCGCCGAUAGGCGAGAGACCGGGGAAGGCUGGGAAUAUUCCUCCCUCAUCGGCUGGAAAUUUCACCGCAAGGAGCGCUCGUCCGACACGUUCCGACGCCGGCGCUGGCGAAGGAAGAUGGUCCCGUCGGACCGCAUUGGGGCUUCUGCCAUCUUUCGGCUGGAAGGCGCACUGGGAGUUGACGUGGACGAGAAGGCCAGUAAAACGGAUGCCGCCAAACUAUUUGGUGCCAACACUCCCACCAUUUCCUGCCACUUUAGCCGCUCUUGUGUUUACCAGCUGCGAGUGUACGUGUACCAGGCGAGGAAUCUUUGUGCCAUGGACAAGGACAGCUUCUCAGAUCCAUACGCCCACGUGUCAUUCCUUCACCUGAGCAAGACCACAGAAGUCAUCGGUGCCACGUUGAACCCCACGUGGGAUCAGAGUCUCAUCUUUGAUGACGUUGAAAUCUACGGGGACCCACAAACCAUUGCCCACAACCCACCAGAUGUCGUGCUGGAGCUUUACGACAGCGACAAAGUGGGAAAAGAUGAGCCCUUGGGUCGCUGUACGUUCGCCCCAGUAGUCAAACUCAACCUCGCUGUCGAUUCUGGCAAUAAACUGCAGUGGUACCCAGUUACCAAAAAAGGCCGCAGUGCUGGAGAAGCACUGCUGGCGGCUGAGCUUCUACUGAAGGACAAGCAGGCAAACGAGGGAGAUCUUCCUUUGGCUCCUCCUCGGCGAGGGGAGAAGCUCUACAUGGUUCCUCAAGGAAUCAGGCCUGUUGUGCAACUAACUGCCAUCGAGGUGUUGACCUGGGGGUUGAGGAACAUGAAAAGCUACCAGCUGGCCACGGUCGCUUCUCCCAACUUGAUCGUGGAAUGCGGUGGGGAGAUCGUUCAAACGGCCAUCAUCAAGAAUUUCAAGAAGAAUCCCAACUUCCCUGGAUCUGUGCUGCUACUCAAAGUGCUUCUCCCCAAAGAAGAGAUGUACACUCCUCCCAUUGUCCUGAAGGUCAUCGACCACAGACCCUUCGGGAGGAAGCCGGUGGUGGGCCAGUGCACCAUCGACUGCUUGGAGGACUUCCGCUGUGACCCCUACCGAGUUAACAGUCAAAUCUGCAUGUCUGCCAGAGUGGCAAUGAUAGCAGCUGCUCAGGGCGAUGUCGUCAUAGACAUCGAGGAGAGGCCGACUAUCGAAGCUGAGGUUCAAACUGACAAGGAAGCGGAAGCAAUUGACUGGUGGAGUAAAUUCUACGCCUCGAUUGGGCAACAGGAGAAGUGUGGCCCCUACCUGAAGAAGGGAUACGACACAUUACAGGUGUACGACUGUGAACUGGAGCAAGUGGAACAGUUUCAGGGACUCACCGAUUUCUGCAGUACUUUCAAACUCUCGCGAGGCAAGACAGAUGGAGAGGAAGACGAUCCCUCCGUUGUGGGAGAAUUCAAGGGCUCGUUCAAGAUCUACCCGCUGCCUGAUGACCCUGGGAUGCAAGCUCCCCCCCGACAAUUCCGAGAGCUUCCCGAAAGCGAGCCUCAGGAGUGUCUGGUCAGAAUCUACGUGGUGCGCUGUAUUGACCUGCAGCCCAAGGACACCAACGGGAUGUGUGAUCCAUAUGUCAAGAUUUCACUGGGGAGGAAGACCGUGGAUGACCGGGAUAACUACCAACCAAAUACUCUCAAUCCAGAAAUUGGAAGGAUGUUCGAGCUGUCCUGCUACUUGCCGCAAGACAAGGAUCUGAAGAUCGCAGUGUACGACUACGACUUGCUGAGCCGGGAUGAAAAAGUCGGCGAGACCAUCAUCGAUUUGGAGAACCGUCUGCUGUCCCGCUUCAGGUCCUGCUGUGGCCUGCCACAGACUUACUGCAUCUCUGGGGUGAAUCAGUGGAGAGACCAGCUGAAACCUUCUCAGAUCCUCCAAAACGUGGCCAAGAUUAGGGGCGUUCCUCCACCACGCUUUGAGGGAGACGGAAGCGCUCUGUCUUUCUCAGGAAAAGAAUACAGACUGCAGGAUUUUGAGGAAACCACGACCACACACCCCAACCUUGGCCCGGCUAGAGAGAGACUGCCACUGCAUGUCCUCAGAGAGCAGGGCUUGGUACCCGAGCACGUGGAGACCAGGACCCUGUGCAGUUCCCACCAACCCAACUUGUCCCAGGGACGGAUUCAAAUGUGGGUGGACGUCUUUCCCAAGAGCCUCGGUCUGCCGGGGCCUCCAUGUGACAUCACUCCACGGAAAGCCAAGAAGUACUUCUUGCGUGCCAUUGUUUGGAACACAACUGAUGUCACUCUGGACGAAACAAGCAUCACCGGGGAAAGCAUGAGUGAUAUCUAUGUGAAAGGAUGGAUGGCAGGAAUGGAGGAGGACAAACAGAAGACCGACGUUCAUUACAGAUCGCUGGACGGCGAUGGCAAUUUCAACUGGAGGUUUGUCUUUGCCUUCGACUACCUGCCCGCAGAGCAGCUGUGCGUCAUCUCGAGAAAAGAACAUUUCUGGAAUCUGGACAAAACCGAGUUUAGGAUUCCUCCCAAGUUGAUCAUACAGAUAUGGGACAAUGACAAAUUCUCCUUGGAUGACUACUUGGGCUCAAUCGAGCUGGACUUGCUCAAUCUGAUCGCCCCUGCAAAGACCCCCGAAAAGUGCAGCUUGAAAAUGUUGCCCGGAAUGAUCGGCUCCAGCACAUCCAAGAAGUUCGUCUUCAACUCACUCUUCUCCCAAAAGUCGGUUCGAGGCUGGUGGCCGUGCGCCAUUGAGCAGAACGGGAAGAAAGUCCUUGCCGGGAAAGUCGAAAUGACGUUGGAAAUUGUGGAGGAGAAGGAGAUGGAGGAGAGACCAGCAGGGAAAGGCAGAGAAGAGCCCAACAUGAAUCCCCGACUGGAGCCACCGAACCGUCCUGACACCUCGUUCUUCUGGUUUACAAACCCUUUCAAGACCAUGAAGUUCAUCAUAUGGCGAAGAUUCAGAUUGCUUUUCAUCAUUGGGAUCCUACUGCUGCUAGUCUUACUGUUCCUCGGGAUCCUUUUCUAUUCUUUUCCUAACUAUAUUUCCAUGAAGAUUGUGAAGCCCUUCUCCAAGUGACAGCAAAAAAAGACCCUGUCAACCAUUUUGAUGCAGAAUCUACAAAUUGAUGGUCCUUCAUGACUUGAUUAAAACGUCACCAGAGCAGUUUGCAUCAUUUGCACAACCAUUGACAGUCCCCCCCCCUCUCCCGCCAUUUCAAAAU